CUGACAACACUGAAUCAAACUGUCAUAUGUCAUAAAAUAUACGAUAACUCUACGGUUAAUAAUAAGUCAGAAUGGAUUUUAUUAGAAUUUUUUGUGUUUUUCCUAGUUUAUUGUUGAUAUUGCUUUUCUAUUCAUUAUUUCUCAUAGAAACAUCUCAAGGUUCCAAAGCCGAAUAUGUGACAUGUGGUACUAUAUUGAAGUUGAUGAACACGGACUUACGACUUCGGCUGCACUCUCAUGACGUUAAGUAUGGCUCGGGAUCGGGCCAACAGUCAGUCACUGCUGUAGAUACGACUGACGACCAUAAUAGUCAUUGGUUGGUGAAAGCAGCUUCAGGGGAGUCUUGUAAAAGAGGGGCACCAAUCAAAUGCAACUCGGUGGUUCGCUUGCAACAUAUUAGUACUAAGAAGAAUUUGCACUCCCACUAUUUCUCAUCUCCACUGUCUGGUAAUCAGGAAGUGUCUUGUUAUGGGGAUGAUGAUGGUGAGGGCGAUAGUGGCGACAACUGGACUGUUGUUUGCAAUAAUGAUUUUUGGAGGCGGGAUACUCCAGUCAAGUUGAAACAUGUUGAUACAGCAUCAUUCCUAGCUGGCUCAGGUCGUACAUUUGGGCGUCCAAUUAGUGGACAAGGUGAAAUUGUGGGAGUCACUUCACAAUAUGGAGCUUACACAGACUGGCAAGCAAAAGAGGGUUUAUUUGUUCAUCCUAGUGACCCUCUGCCACAUCAACAGCAUGCAAUACACACAGAGUUAUAAUAUGUAAUAUAGAUUAGUUAAAAUUGUAAUUUUUUAAUUUUUGUAAUUUGUGAUACCAUUAAGCUUUGUGUAAAUAACGGAUAUUUUGUUCACAGACAGUGUUUCCUUUUCUGCAUGUGGGUGUUGCAGCAUCUAAUUUUAGUCGUUUUAUUAUGAUGAAAUAUAAUGUAUGUGGAGGAUUAUGGAGGUUUUAUUAGACUAGGUAUCAUAUAUAUAAAAAAAAAUUAUUCUUUGGACAAAAUGUCACUUAUUUGCGCAAGCUAUUAAGCAAUAGGAUUACGUCUGUGCUGAGCUGGUGAAUGACUAUACAAAUGUAUAUAUACCUGGUUAAACUUUGCUCAACACUUCCCAGUGAUUAUUUAUAAAUAGACACUGUUUAUAAGUGUUUUUGUGUUUAAAAUGAUAAAUAUUAAGUAUGGCAUACAUACAUUGCAAAGACAACUAAUUUUACACAUCUGUAAAUGGGAUAAACACACACUUUAUUAUAUAAAUUGGUUUAUAUAUAGUUGAUUUUUGAAAAUUAUGCUAAAUUGAUAUCUAUGACAUCGUAGUCAGACUAUGAAAUAAAUUUAAUCUUAUCUCAGCCAAAGAAUUUGUGGAGCAUUUUUUUUUAGUACGAAUGUACUAGAAUAUAUAUAUAUAUAUAUUUCACACUGGGUAGUAUUAUAAUCUAUAGAAGUAGAAAAGUAACUGGCGUAUCACACCUAUUUAAAUUGUGUGAUUCAUGGUAUAUAGUUUGCACAUGAACAAUUAGUGUGUGAAAAAUUAAAAGUGAUCAUAAAAGUGAUCAUGACCUUGUUUUCAUUAUUGUCACAAUUGUAAAUUUAAGGUAAAUGUGUAUAAAUGCAAAUACAUUAUGUACGACAAAACAAGACAAGCGCAUAAUAUAAUUGAUUAGUAUGGUACUCUCUAUUUGUUACUGCUAAAGAUCGACGGCAAUCAUUGGAUUGAAAAAGUAACAAAAUUUUAUAACAAAGGAAAAUUUAAAUAUAUAUACAAUUGUUUUAUUCUUAUUAUCAAAAGGACUGCCGCGUGUUGAUGCGGCUUGUAGUUAUUGUGGUAACGUUUAUUUAUUCCGGACUGGGGGCUUGGUUAUCUGUGAAAAUUUACAAAUAACUAUGGAAUGUGUGACCGAAAUAAAAACUUAGUAUCAUCAUCAUCAUAUUUUUUGAGACUAAUUAAAAGAACCUUUUAAAAAUCUUCUUUGCAUUUAGAUUCACUGGAUUAGACCUUUGAG